AUUGCAUUUAGCUGUGAAGAUUUGAGACAGGCUGCCAGAGGUGGAAUCCCUGCUAUCCAUGAUGCUGAGACUGAAUAAGAGGAAAGCUGGCAAUCCUGUACAGGUGACUCAAACUCUUUCUUCUAGCUUUAAAGAACAUACUGUGCUCAAGGCUACCAGAAGAACACAGCCUAAUAUCUACUUUCCUACAAGGCUAUUUGAAGAAAUAGAAUGUUAAAUAUGUUUCAUGAGGAAGCAUGAAAAGGGAAAGCAAUGAAUCACAGAAAAUCCUUGAACACACCAAAUAAUUGAGUAUUUUAGUUUUCACAUCACUGUCCCCAUCUGGUAACUGAUACAUGAGGUGGUGCAUUGAGCCUGAAAUUCAGUCAGAUUCCUGCAACUGAAUCUGAACAUGUAAAGGAUCAUGGCUGAAACUGCAGUUUGCCUGGGAACAUUCACUGCUGUGAAGACACUCUGGGAAGUGAGAAUACACAAGAUAAAUGAAGAAUUACAGAAAGAAAAGGAAUUCAGGCAGAGGUCUGCAGGAAGGCUACUGCUUGUCUGGGAGGAGAGAGCUGCUUUAGCAAAGCUCAAAGAAAAAGUUAUUAAUGAAGGUGGAAGAGCAAUUUUAAGGAUAGAGGAAGAAGAAUGGAAGGUAGUGUUGACAUUACCUUCAUGCUUAUUGAAACUAAUCCAUCUCCAGGAAUGGCAGCUUCACAGAACUAGUUUGCAGAAAAUUCCUCAGUUUAUUGGAAGAUUUCACAGUCUUGUUGUUCUGGAUCUAUCCCGGAAUUCAAUUGAAAGUGUACCUAAAGAAAUUGGCCAGCUGACCAAUCUCCAAGAGCUGCUUCUCAGCUACAACAGAAUAAAAUCUGUUCCUAAGGAAAUAAGUAACUGCAUCAGUCUGGAAAGACUGGAACUGGCUGUCAACAGAAGUAUCUGUGAUCUUCCUCCUCAGCUCAGUGAUUUAAAGAAGCUUUCACACAUAGAUCUGUGCAUGAAUCAGUUUACUACCAUCCCUUCAGCUCUUCUCAACAUGCCAAAUCUGGAAUGGUUAGAUAUGGGGGGAAACAAACUCCAGGAGCUCCCUGAUGCAAUUGACAGAAUGGAGAACCUCCACACUUUAUGGCUCCAAAGGAAUGAAAUAAACUCUUUACCAGAAACCAUUGGUAAUAUGAAAAAUCUUAGUACUCUUGUUCUUAGCAACAACAAACUUAAGGAUAUUCCAGCUUGUAUGAAGGACAUGACAAAUCUGAGAUUUGUCAACUUCAGAGACAACCCACUGGAGCUAGAGGUAACACUCCCUCCAUGUGAGAACACAGAUGAGGAGGAGCAACAGGAAAUGUUUGGCAUUGACUUCAUGCACAUGUAUAUUCAGGAGUCACUCAAGAAAACAGGCAAGGCUUUUUUAUUAAUUCUGAUCUCUCCACAAUACAGUGAGGAAGAGAGGAAUGAACUGGAUAAAUAAAAUCUAGGAUAUAUAUAGAAAUGAAACAUGAAUAAUCCUCUUAAUAAAUGAGUAGCUUUUUCAAAAAAAUCUGUAAACAGGCUUUUACUGAGGGCAGGGGCACUUCUAACAGGAGUUGGCACAGUAGGUCUUCACCACAAACAGCAUAGGAACAUACUGGAACCAUGGAGCAUUGGAAUAAAUGUGCCCGAGUUAUCUAUACCAUGAAUAACUAGAAGCUGAUGACUGUCUUUUGUAUUUGCGAAAUAAUCAGUUUACAUAGUGAAGGUCUUCUAGCACCCUUUAAUUCAUGAAGCUCAACUUUUCCUAUUUUUGGACGUUGUUCAGAUGGUACUUCCAGAGGAGGAUUAAGGGAGAAAUGCCUAUUUUCCCAACAUAUGUCUUUUAGCAAUGAACUAUCAAUACCUGAUAAACAGAUGUUUGUCACAGCUUGCUUUCCCUGACACAAAAUAAAGUCACUUAAACAAAAUACCCCCACAGUUUCAUCCCACUUCUAAAACAUGACAAAUAUUUGCUAUUCAUAGUUUCCAAAGUAACAGCUUAAAUGUUGCAGUUAAGAGACCCAAAUAAGCACUUUGGAACAGAUGUUCAGGUGGCAGCUGUAUUUUGCAGAGAGCACUUCACUGCAGAUAUAAAAUGUUCUCUGUGAUCUUCAUUCUGUGUUUUGUGAAUGCUUAAAAAAUGAUUGAAAUGCUCUUGAUUUAGAACACUAAGCCAACUUUUUUCUUAUCUAUAUUUCAUUACAAAAUUAUACCACGAUGACACUUUAGACAUAAGUUUUCUUCUUGACUAGAUUCCUUAGCAGCACAGGCUGAUGAAAGUACUUAGGUCUACUUAAGCAUUUUAAGAGGAAAUACAAAGCUAUUCUGAACUUCAAAGUGAAAAUAAAAUAUGUUAACUUCUCUUAGUUUAACCUAUUGUCUUUCAGCAAAUCUGGAAAGUUCUUCUGGUUCUUCUGGUUCUCCUCCUGUCAUGAAUCCAAAUGAAUAAAGAAUGUAACUGUGAAUGGAAGAAAAUAUCAAGUACAAUUCUUCACAGCGAAGAGGCUACAACAGGUUUCAAAUAUUCUUAGGGAUUUUAUAUUUCCACUGAUGUGAACUGGUUUGCAUAUUUGUAAUUCCCAGUGAAACUGAAAAAUAUAAGACCUUUUCCAGGGUACAGGAAAGAUGACAAAAGGGUUUUUUUGUAAGAAAUGAAUUAGCUUUUUAAAAAAGUCCAGAUGAGUUUCAUAGGGUUUGUUUUUUCCCCUGCCAAUUCCAAAUCUAUUUUCUGUCAUAUAGUUGGCUCUGGUAUCAAAGAAGGACUUGGGACAGCUGUCAACAGCACAUUCUCCAAGGACACAGCAGACUCUGUGUAAUACUGUAGUGCAGCCUUGUAUCCUUGUUGUUGUAAAUACUCAAUCCGGCCAUGAUCAAUCAGCCGUUUACAGAGGCAGCCGAUCUCCUUUCGUUCCUCAGCACUCAGUAUCCUAGUUUCAGAGAAAGGAAGGAAAGAAUGAACAGCUGUCAGGAAAUAGUUUUGUUAAUUAACAUUAGUAGUUAAGCUUAGAAAAACUACUGAAAUCACUCUAAGUUCAUUUCAGUCAGGCAAGCAUGACUGGUGAAAUAUUUUGAAAUGUAUGUUCAUGAAAAUUGUAUUUUUAAAGUAUUUCCAUAAGUUUAGUAAUUAAAUGGUUCUGCAAAAUGCGUCCAUUUGAGGACCCAAAACAAUUUAAUGUGCCACUAGACACAGCUUUUCUGCUAGAGUCCAUUUGCUAGGAAAACCAAAAAUACAUACCCUUGUAAAGUAUCUGAACCACUUUCUGUCCUGCUGAGUGUUUGCUCAUGUUCUUCUGUGUCAUCAGUUUGAUCUUCACUGUCUUCACUUGUAGAAGCUUUGCUUGUGGUUUCUCGCAUACCACAAGUGGCCCAACUACUCAUUCUCUGAAAAUAAUGAAAUUCCACUGGUCCCAGUCCUACUGAUUUAAAGAACUCUCUGCCCACAUAAUGUGUCCAGUCACACUUGUGAUGGCAACACAGAGCAAUAACAAUUCCAGCUACAGGCUUAUGGUCCUCUGUGGUGCUUUCAUUACCAGCAGAUCUCUGAGGAGCCACCUCUGUCUGAGCAGCCCUGGAGCGUUUUGGUGCAGGCUCUUCAUCUCCCCCAUCACAGCAAGUGGUGUAACUUUCAACCAAGCAUCUCAAAGCAAGAUCUGGGAAUGAACAAGUACAUCCCCCCCCACCAAAAAAUAUCCAUAAACACCAUGCCAUUAUUUAUACAGGCUGUAUCAUGGUUGGGAAUGUGGGAAUGCUUCCCACAAAGAAAAAUAAAAUUAUAGAUCACAAAUUAAGCCAAAAAGCAAGUUCAAUGAUAACUAAAAAUUACAAACAUGCUUUGAAAACAUUAAAACCCUAAAUGCUAAAUUAAUAUUGUGAGACCUUUUAGAGCUUCUAAGGGCUUAUCCUCUGAAUAUUUGUUCUGCACAAGUGAGUUUAAAAUAGUUUGGUUAAAAAAUUGGCAUACUGUAGGAGAAUAUCAUCCCUGUAAAACACACAAGUAUUUGCUCUAGAAGUUUGAUAUCUAGGACACCAUCUAUUUAAUAUCCACAUGUACUUCUUAAAUGCUUAACUGUGUCAUCUUUGUCACAUACCUAUAAAGGUGUCAUAUUUAUCUCUUUCUCUAUGUAGUAACCAUUUAACAUUAAAAAAACUGUAUUUGUUUAAAGUUUUCAGGACAGAAACACAAUCCUGUUUGUGUUUGGGAUACAUAUUCAGACAGCCAAUAAAAAUUUAGAAAGAAAAAUAUUUCAAAGAAGAGGCAACUGUGCUAAAAAAGUACUCUCAAAUGCAUGACCCACACACUAUUCUCCGUUCUAAUCUAUUAAAGCCAAAAAAAGCUUCA